GUAGGAACGCGUCACGUGCUUCCCGGAGGUUUCCUUCCUGUGCUUUCUAGAGGAGAGCGGCUCGUGUGGACACACAGUACCGCCCCCGCCCCUGUGACAAGUGCUGACACUCAGCACCGUACACACAGUUAAAAAAUGACUGAUUUGGAAUCUGAUCCUUGGAUAUUCUCAUGCAAAUCAUUACCUUCCGACACCCGACUGAUUGCAACAAUGGCUAAUGGGUAUCUGGGCACAAGAGCUUAUGGAGAGAUCUUGCAUGUAAAUGGCAUCUACAAUGGGUCAGUGGGUGAUUGUCACAGAGCAAAUGUUCCAAGCCCUCUCAAUGUCUCUCUUUGUGUAAACAAGGAAGAAGUUGUAGAUGAAAGAUUCUGUCUAGAUAUAAAAACAGGAACUUUUAGCCAUACCCUCCAGUGCUCUACUUUUACGGCUACCCAACACCUCUUUGCCCACCGUUCUCUCAGUCAUCUUUUGGUUAACAUAAUUACCUUAAGAGGUUCCAGCCCUGUUAGUGUCAAUCUAGAAGUUGAUUUCAAGGCAGAAAGUCAAGACCUAGAUCUCCAGAGAGGCCCUGACUACUGUAAUGCUAAGUACAUUUAUGGAAGCACACAAACCCCUGAGGUUCCUUCCUGUCCUCUGAAGACGGUUCAUAUGAUCUAUACUCCAGUACCCCAGUGUCUGGCCCUUUCCUCAGAGCUGGAAAAAACAUGGGUGUUCCUUGCAGCAGUUUCAGAAACUGAGAAAGAUGUGAAGGAAAGAUUUUAUGAAGGCCUUUCGCUAGCUGAUGAGGGACAGCUACUCUCUUCACAUGCAGAAGCAUGGGGUCAGAUAUGGAAAAGUAGCCGGAUAGAAGUGGAAGGUUCCCUGGUUCUUCAGAAGGCUGUCAUUGGAUGUCUGUAUUAUUUACUAAGCUCCCUACCACCCCUGGGAUGUAACGAAGACUUCAGUGGCAUAAGUCCUGGGGGUUUAUCGAAUGGUCAGCGCAAUGAAGAUUAUUGGGGACAUGUAUUUUGGGACCAGGACACUUGGAUAUAUCCGAAUAUUCUGCUGUUUUACCCAGAGAUGGCUCGUCAUAUUCUUAAAUACCGGAUUCGAACACUUGAGGGAGCAUUGCAGAAUGCUAAGCAGCAAGGAUAUAAAGGUGCAAAGUUUUCUUGGGAAAGUGCAUUAACAGGACAUGAAGUUUGUCCAGAGAAAAUAUAUGGAGAUCAAGAAAUUCACAUUAAUGGGGAUGUUUUGAUGGCAUUUAAACAGUACUAUCACAUGUCAAAGGAUGUAGAUUUUUUUUCUUUAAGCGGUGGCUGGGAAGUGGUGAGCUCAAUUGCUGAUUACUGGUGUAGCAGAGUUGUCUGGAGUGCAGAAGAACAGAGUUAUCAUAUUAAAGGUGUGAUGCCGCCAGAUGAAUAUCACAGUGAUGUUAAUAACUCCGUGUAUACAAAUGUUCUGGCACAGAUCAGCCUAAACUUUGCUAUGGAACUGGCUAAAGAUCUACAGCAACCCAUCCCAGACUUAUGGAAUGAUGUAGCAAGGAAAAUGAAAGUCCCAUUUGAUUCCAAGAUUAAUUACCAUCCAGAAUAUGAUGGCUACAAACUAGGUGAUGAGGUUAAACAGGCAGAUGUGGUGUUGCUUGGUUACCCUCUGAUGUUUCCAAUGUCUCAAGAAUAUCGCAAAAAUGAUCUUCAAAUCUAUGAGAGAGUUACGGAUUCUGCCGGACCUGCCAUGACAUGGAGCAUGUUUUCAAUUGGCUAUAUGGAAUUAAAAGAAGCCAAAAUGGCACACCAGCAGUUUAAGAAAUGCUUUGCAAACAUAACAGACCCAUUUAAGAUAUGGACUGAAAAUGCUGAUGGUACUGGAGCUGUCAAUUUCCUUACUGGCAUGGGAGGAUUUUUACAGGCUGUGCUGUUUGGUUAUACUGGAUUCAGAAUCGCAGAGAAGUGUCUGGAGUUUGAUCCCAUUUUCACUGAUGAUGUCACAGCAUUAUACAUUACUGGAGUGUGUUAUCUUGGUAAUAAAGUUAAUUUCACUUUUUCCAAGACACUCACAACAGUGGAGUUGACUUCAGUUCUUGAUUUUCAGAAGAAUGCACUGGUUAUUGCAUUUGAUGAUUUAACACCAUUUAUAUCGCUGUGUAUUGGUGAACCAGUGUCCUUUUCAACCAAAGCAGGCCGAGUUCAGCCGAAGACUUCCGGAGUUAAAUAAUGACAGCAAUAUACAACCACAGAUAUGUUUUUAUCAAGACCUUCGGGUGGGUUUAAACAUUCAAGUUGUCUGAUACACUUUUUGGAGCCAAAACCAGGAGUAGAUAAAAAAAAAGAGGUGAGGUAGUAGCUGUUACUUAUACCUACACAGGAUUAUUAUCCACAUCUGGUUGAGAGGUGAAGCAAAUGGUUUUUAUAUCAGGCUGUUAUCAGAAAAACAGGCUGAACUAGAUGGACAGAUGUCUUUUUUCAGCCUUAUAAACUAUGUUACAAUGUGCUGCAAACCGUGACAGCUCCCAUUACAGUAAAAUGGGUAUCUGGCGGGCCCCGGCAGUUUCGGCAAUUCCUUUAUUCUGCUACACUGCUGGAACAGAUUACAAGAAUGCUGUAUGCAUAUUUGUGGACUGUGGCUGUCACUCAUUAAUUAAAAUCAGUCAGUAGCACUAGAAAAACUUAUAGUGUAGUCCAGGUCCAAAUCCCAAAAGAAAGAAAAAUGUAUAUCAUGGAAGCAUAAACUUAAAGGGGUUGUGUCACAAAACAUAUUCAACUUUUUUCGAACCAGCCGAUAUAUCUGAAUACUUUUCUAAUUGCAUUUAAUAAAAAAAAAUUGCAUAGCCAAUGAGCUAAUCAAUAAAAUG